UUCCCCGUCAGCUCCCUGAUCCACCCCACGCUCAGGCGGCACUCCUGUCCCGCGCUCCCGCCCUCUUGCCUUUUAUUCCAGCCGCCAAGAUCUUGGAAGCUUUGAAGCCCAGCAAAGAAGGGAAAUCCACUGAGAAGAGUCUGGAAAGGUGUUCUGGAACAACCUGCUCUGUCACACCUUUGCAGAAACUCUCCAUCCUGCACUGAGGAGGCCAAGGAGGUGGUACUCAUCUGUACGAUUUCACCGUGAGACCAUGUCGUUUAGAUUUGGCAAACAUCUUAUCAAGCCCUCUGUGGUUUUUCUCAAAACUGAACUAUCCUUCGCCUUGGUGAAUAGGAAACCUGUUGUACCUGGCCAUGUCCUCGUGUGCCCACUGAGGCCAGUGGAGCGCUUCCGUGACCUACGUCCUGAUGAAGUAGCUGAUUUGUUUCAAGUGACCCAGAGAGUUGGGACAGUGGUGGAGAAACAUUUCCAGGGGACCUCUAUCACCUUCUCCAUGCAAGAUGGUCCUGAAGCUGGACAGACUGUGAAGCAUGUACAUGUCCACAUUCUUCCCAGGAAGGCAGGGGACUUCCGCAGGAAUGACAACAUCUAUGAUGAGCUCCAGAAACAUGACAAAGAAGAAGAGGACUCACCAGCCUUUUGGAGAUCUGAGGAGGAGAUGGCUGCAGAGGCGGAGGCUCUGCGGGUCUAUUUUCAGGCAUAAGAGUAACUCAAACAAUUCCCAAGGCACAAGAAAAUGGACCUCAUUCUUUUGGACUCUGCGACAUUGGAAAUGAAGCUAACCACCCUUUACUGCACCCCAUGAUCCCGCAGCCUUGUGCAAAAAAUUUUAUUGCAUCAUGAUGAUAGAUAGGCUAGCUUCCCAAACAACAGCAUCGACAGCCUGCCAUCGUUUCUCAGUUAUGUUCUUAGAAUAGUUACAUCUCCAAACUGUCCCUUAGCCUGGAUGAAAAUAAAGUGGUUGCUAAAAUA